ACUUCUUGCAAGCUCUUCUUCUUUUAUUCUCUUUCUCUUUCUAAAAGGAAAGGGCCUUGCUUUAUAGAGAGAGAGAGAGAGAGGGGUGUUUGUGUUUGUGUGGCCCCAGCAGAUCGAAAUCUCCAUUCUUUUGUUCAGUUUCAUGAGGAUCUGAGCUUCUUCAAUGGUGUUACCAAACCACACCCUUUCUUGUUUCCUAGUAUUUAUUCCUUAAUAAUUGUUUAUAUUUCCCCUUUUUUUUUCGGGGGGUUCUAUGAUUCUAUCUGGCUUGGCUAGUGUCAGUGUUGGGUUCUGAAUUCUCCUGUGAUUUUGAGUUGCCUUAGCACAAUGAUUCAAUCUUGAAUUGAGAGGGUCAUGAAGAAGAGACAUGGUUCAAGGAUGUGGGUCUGAGUCAGGGUAAACAAUUUAUUCUGUUUUGCUUUCUCUUAUUCGUGGAGGGAUGGGAACCCAAGUGCAUUAUAAGGACUACUACGUUCCAGGUUAUUGCUCCAUGAGGAACCACCUUAGCGAGGACGCUAGCAGUAGUAAUUGGCCCCUUUUUUACGGCGAUAGGGCCUUAACGAAUGGGCAAUAUUGUAAUGGUUUCGUGUCUCGGGGUGUAAUGGAUGCUUAUCCCGGGUAUGACAAGGAUGCCGUAAAGCAGAAAAUGCUCGAACACGAGGCUAUUUUCAAGAAUCAGGUUUCAGAACUUCACCGCCUUUACAGAAUCCAAAGAGACAUGAUGCAAGAAGUUAAAAGGAAGGAACCGACGAAUCGGAUGUCGAUGGAGCCGUCAUCGUCGUCUAACAUCCUAGGAUCGCAAUUGCCGUCUGAGGAUGUUCAGAAAUGGCACAUGACGGGUUUUCCUUUAGCACAUUCUUCGGGUUAUGCUCGAGCCUCGACUUGUAGUACUGAAAUUGUGAAUUCUCCCUUAAGCUGUGCAAAGGGACAGUCUGGUCGGCUUCAAUUACAAAACGGGUUUUCCCCGAAAAGCUGUCAAGCGUUGGAGGCUAGACCGUCGAAAGUUCGGAAAAAGUUGUUCGAUCUUCAUCUGCCAGCCGACCAGUAUAUAGAUACCGAUGAGGGCGAGCAGUUACAGGAUUCCAAAGAAUCUUUCUGCCCGAGUUAUCCUGCUGCUAAUGGAAGCUUCACAAUUCCACAAUUCCUCGGCGGUUGUGAAACGAGUGAUUCCCAAAAAGACGCUUCGAUGUCCAAUUCGUGUUUGAGAAGUGCGUUUGGGUUGGCGGAUCUCAACGAACCCGCCCAGUUCGAGGAAGCAGCCGUCGCUCCAUCGUCCGUUAACUUUCUCGGUCGUUUUGCUAACCCCGCCAAAGAUGCUAAAAUCCCAAACGUCAUUAGUAAACCAAAUCCUGGGGGGGUUUUAGCUUCAUCGAGAGAAAUGAUGUGGAACUCUCAUCACGGAAGCUCCAAUGGGGGGUUGAUCGGUAAUUUAUCCGUGGAGAGUAAGGGAAAAGAGAGAGAGUGGCUCUCAUAUACUUACGAAGCAGGUAACAUGAAAAAUAACCGACUUCCGGUUUCUCAAGGUUUCGAGCAGAAUAAGUUACCUAUGCAGUCCCGUCCAGCUGAAGUUGGUAUACUUAAUAAAACUCAUCAAAAUCCCGGGAUUUAUCCGACUCACGGGAUUAGGGAUGAGUUGUGGAGAGAGAGGACGGGUUAUGGCUUCGAGAGAGCUCGUGAAAACUCUAAUCUUAGUCGUGUGGAACCUGUUGGAUUAACCGGCCCCAGCCCGUUCGUUAGUUCUUCCGAAUUUGCCAAUUCGUGGUCACAUUCCGUUUCGGCUUUGGGAAAGCCAGCAAGUAGCUCGAGUCAAAAGUUAACGUUGUUUCAUAGUAGGAAUACGCAGCCUUCCCCGAGCCCCAUAACCGGUGGGAUAUCUCGGGUCAAUCCGGGUUUGGGCAGUGAUUUACCUGUCAAGAAUGGUUUUUACCACGGAUCUUCUUCAUCUGGGUCAAGGGAACCAUCUGCUCACCUCCUUUUGGAUCGUCUAAACUACAAUAAGAGCGAGAAUUUAUUGUCUGAACACUCUCCUAAUCAUAAACACGAGAAGUUUCUUGUUGACUCCAACUCGAGGGAUUCAAAGUCUGCGAAAGGUUUUGAUCUGAACGUUACGAACGAGGCCAUCGAUCUGGAGGAGUUGGUUGGUAAUAACGAAAGAAAUCUCGAAGAAGUUGUUGCAGCAACAUUGCCUUGGCUUAAAUCGGCUAGGCCGGCUUCUAAAAACGAGGGAAGAAUGCAGAAUAAUCAAAAUGUUGCAUCGGCUUCAAGGGGGUGUGGAAUCAAGGCCGAGGAGGAGAUUGGGGAGACUCGAAAUGUCAAAAGAAUUCUUGGAGUUCCGAUUCUGGAAAAUCCUCGUUUUUCCCCGAAAAACGAGUCGUCUUUGCUUGUUUCUACUUCUGCAGCCAUUCAACCCUCACCCGAAGAACAUAAUAGGAAUGAGAAGAAGAAUUUCGUGAUUGAUAUGAACAUGGUGUGGGAGCUCUCGAAUGGGGAGUUGGAGGAUCACGUAACCCCGGAACCCCCCCUUGUGAUGGGGUCGAAAGAUACUAGUAUCAGAAAUCACAUCGAUUUGAAUUUUUGUAUUCCCGAAGAAGAUGAAGAAGAAGAUCAAUCACGACCCUCUGCUGCAACUAGUAAUGUUAGAAGAAAGAGCGUUAUAGAGAUUGAUUUGGAAGCUCCCGCUGUCUCGGACACCGAGGAAGAUAAUCUCGUGGAGGAACGUGAGGCAUCUUUGCAGUUGCCCGAACACAAAGCCGAGCAAACGAGAGAUGAAGUUGCCAGUAUUGCAGCGGAAGCAAUAGUUGCUAUCUCGUCAUCGGGGCCGAUAGAGGAGAAAUGUCGGGAUCCUCUCGAAAAAUCGCUCCAGUGGUUUGCCAACGCGGUCUCGUCUUCUGCCGAUGAACGGCUCAAAUGGAAGUCUGACAAAGAAAUAAGGGCUGGCAAGGACGGUGUACUAACCGAGAAUUCUUGUUUCGAGGGAAUAGAUUAUUUCGAGGCAAUGACAUUGCAAUUGACGGAAACCAAGGAGGAAGACUACAUGCCUAAGCCGUUCAUCCCCGAAUUCCAAUAUGCGGACGAUAUAGGCGCAACUUCCGUUCCUAACCGACCUCGAAGGGGUCAGUCGAGAAGAGGGAGGCAGCGGAGGGACUUUCAGAGGGACAUCCUCCCCGGUUUGGCGUCCUUGUCAAGGCACGAAGUAACCGAGGACAUACAGACGUUUGGAGGGCUAAUGAGAGCCACGGGGCACACAUGGACUUCCGGGUUGACAAGAAGGAACGGAACUCGAAACGGGGGUGCCAGGGGGAGACGACGAACGGUGGUCAUCGACACAGGACCACCACCACCCGCUCCCGCUCCAAGCUCAGUGGGCCCCACUCCUCUAGCGCAGCAACUUAACAAUAUCGAAGCUGUUUUGGAGGACAAAAGCCUAACCGGAUGGGGAAAGACAACUAGACGCCCCCGAAGGCAAAGAUGUCCUCCUGCAGAGAGGAUAUUAAGAGACUUAGGAGGUGCCCUGCCUUUUUCUUUUAUCUUUCAAUUCGUUACUCCCCGGGAGUUGGAGUUGACGUUGCGGUUAAGCCGGGAGGAUUGUGUUUGUACAUUCUAUGUGCCAUAAUUCAGUGCCCCAUGGCUGUGAUAUGUCUUCUGAAUUUAUACAGCAUUGCUUCAAAUAUAUGCAGUCUCUUCUAUGAAUCAAAUACCAAAUUUCUUUUACUCUUAA